UUCGCCUUCCGGCGGGCGGCAACCUUGCCUUGACCGCCCGCCGGAUCUCAACCAAUUCAAAUCUCUCUCUCUCUCUCUCUCUAGUUCGAUGACGUAAAAUACACAAAAAAGCUCCGUCUCUGCCAUCUUCUUCUACUUUUCUCUCUCUCCACACAAUAUUUUGCUUUUGGAGAUGUUUUUGGAGCCGCAUUUGUAGAUAUGAAUCGGAAUUUGAAGGAAUCUAUGAUCGGCGGGAGGAAUAUUCCGGCUGGAACUCAGCACCGUCGAGGUCUUAGCCUCACCGGAAUGUCCAGAGAUGCCGACGAGAACUUGGAUUUAUUCUCUAGGAAUCGCCGGAGCCUCUCCGUCGCUUCCUCCGAUGAAUCUGACGUUUUGGUGAAAUUGGGGAAACUUUCAGUUGGAUCAGCAAAAUUGGCUAAGAGUGGAAUGGAUGAUCUAUUGUCAUCGGCCAAAGGAGGAAAGCAUGACUAUGAUUGGCUUCUCACUCCUCCUGGAACUCCUUUUUUUCCUUCAUUGAAUGGAAGUGAGUCUCAACCACCGUCAGCUGCUCCAAGAAGCAGUUCCACGGUUAGAUCAGUUUCUACAACUAAGGCUUCAAGGCUUUCAGUGUCACAAUCAGAGAACAACCAUCACUCAAGACCAAUCAGAAGCAGUUCAGUGACUCGCCCUUCAAUCUCGCCCAUCGACCCCUACUCGUCGAAAUUCAGCACCUUCUUUACCUUCCGCAGCAGCAACUUCUUUGUCGUGCUUUAAGUGCUCCAGCUUCUGGCAAUGGAAACCUGCCUAUCGGCAGUAACGGUGUCAUUUCAAAAACGAAAACCAUAUCAUUAGGUCUCCUGAAAACGGGACCAAAGAAGAGAAUUUUCGGGACUCUGCAAAACUGAGUGAAUUGGACAUCUAUGAGAGCUCGAGGUAUGUUCUCUCUCCAAGUGGUCUGCAAAGGAGGUAUUACAUUCUCCAAGUGGUCUAAUUUUUAUUUUUUUAUUACUAUUAUUAUUAUAUUAAAUAAUCAAUGCACUCCACUUUCUUUUCUUUUUUUAUCUUUAUUUUAUUCCAUCUUUUGCAAAGUAACCGAAAGUUUGCACACCCAUCAUCAUUAUUUUAUUUUACCCACCUUUUUUUUUUAUUUUAUAUCUAUAUAUAUAUCUCUCUUUUUUUUUUUAUUAUACUAUAUUACCCAUACUUCUCUUCACCUUUAUUUUCUUUUCUUUUCAAACCAACAACCCAGAUACACACUUAUCUCUGCUGAUCCCACUUUUCCCAAUUUUAUUUCUUUUCUUUUAUCUUCCUUUUUCCUUUUCUUAAAAAAAAAAAAAAAAAAAA